CAUAUCACAAGCCUCGUCUCGUAUGCAAGGGCUCACUGUUCCUUUCAGCUGUGUUGGAUCAUUAGAAUAAUGAUGAUUUAGAUCAGAGAAAUCAUCACAUGUCCAGAAAUGGGAGUCGAAUGUCUUGUCUGUGUUACAGGAGGAUUUGGGUGAAAUCUGGCAUCAUCUCUCGAGUCUCGCUUCCUUCACUCGUCCCUCCUCCUUCUUUCUCAUUGUCAAUAAAUUUUGAUCGUUACCUCUGUUACAAUUCGCAACUUACUCCAUUGCUUCACAUCUCGCUAAACAGACUUCCUCAUCACUCCUCUAUAAUUCUGAUUCCUAGCAUAUACGGUACUUCAUCAUGCUGGCCAAUCCUUUUUGGCGAUCCUUCGCCGCCAUGCUGCUGUGGCUCUUGGGCCUGGUCGCUACUGAGGAGUUAUCGACCACUGUUUUAUGGGAUCCUGAAAACAGCACAUCACGAUCUGUCGAUGAAAAGACGAUGGUCGAAUGCGGUGGCCAUAUCAAGCAAUGCGGAAUCAUGGAAGAUAUCAAAAUCGUUCGAUCACCUGUCAGCACCGUAUACGUUACCCAAAACGUUACAACGACAACAGAGAAGGUUCUCCCAACUCAAACAGUUGUCAUUAAAUCGGUCAAGGUGGUGACCGUCAACAACCAAACACAAGGUCACUGUCGAGAAACCAUGACCGUACCUGACUUGAAACCCGCCAUUAUCACAGUGAACGUCACAGUCGAGCAUGUCCGAGAGAUUGUGCCGGUCACAAAGGUCGUUUCUAUAGAGACCAGCAUCGUCACCGCUACUUCGAUCGAACAGUGCUUCAUCAACAACCCCGAACCAUCUUUCCAUCCAUUGGUAUCGUCUUCGCAAGAUCCGCCACCCGUGGCUCUCUCGAGCCAAGAGCCCCCGGUUCCAUUGGCUAGUGAGGCGAUAAAGACCGGGGAUGGUCUGGUGGAAGAUAUAAGACUCGAACGCAUCUAUGAGCAGGUUGGGGAAGACGUUUCGCCUGAGGAACCUGGGUUCAUUUUUCAAGGCGAUUAAAGUUGAUAAAGCUAGAUAAUCGUCAGGCCGCAAUGAGCUCGUGAUUAGGGGAAAUCUGCUGUAUCCUAAGGGUUGGAAGAGAACUAUGCUUCGAAUUUCGACACCUGCUAGUGGACCUAUCUGACCUGUAAGGGCAGAGACUGAAAUAUCCCUAUCUAAUAUGCG